CCGGCCCAAAGCCCAAAAGCGGUCCAUUCGGCUAAUUUAUCAGCCCAGACAUUUUGUUGUCUCAUGUCAGUGAAUUCUUCCUGGUGUUUUUAUUUGUGAAUGGACGUCCAUUCUCCAAGUCCAAUGCAUUUCCUCCUCCUUCCUCUCGCUUUCUCCUUCUCUGGUGAACUCCGCUCUCUCUCGAGUUCUUCCCCAGCUUCCUCCUUUUUGCUGUCCAUUUACAGGUUAAAAUACAGGUUAUCAUAAAUAAUGAAGUAUUAUCGUCUUGAUCAUAGGGACACUAUUGGAUCUGUGUGAAAAAGAAAGUUGCUGAAAAUAAUUAAGGGGGAUAUGGCUGGCAAAGGAUUGAUGGGAGUGCAGUAUGAGACUGGAUUGAAUGGUGAAAGUGAAUUCAAGUAGUGGACUUGUGCUCUCCGCAUUUCUCUCUUGUAAUUACUGAUACUUGGAACGGAAUUGAAAAUGGAUUUGAAUCCCAUUACAGAUGCAUUUGAUCGUGUCACAGAGAAGCAAAAGCUGUCCAUUUCUAAAACCCAAGAAGUUAUUGACCAUAUCAUCCAAGAAAUUGAAAGGGGAAUAGGAGCAAUACAGUUAGACUCUCCACUUGAUCCUAAAUCUGUCCUUAUUGAGCUUAAGAGAAAGUUGCAAGAAUUUGCCCCACUCAGUCAACUGGAAGGCCUGCAGAAGGAACUGAACAUGGCACUGAGCAAGUAUCCAAAGCAGCUUGAGAAAUCCUUCAACCCGGAUAUAUCAAAGGCUUACAGAAAUGUUGAAUUUGACACCCACGUUGUUAAUGAAAUUAUUGCCAGCCAUUUCUACCGGCAGGGGUUAUUUGAGAUUGGUGACUGCUUUAUAAGUGAGACCGGAGAACCUGAAAGUGCUAUUGCUAGGAGAUGGCUUUUCUCAGAAAUGUAUCAGAUAAUUGAAGCCUUGAAGAGUAAGAACCUGGAGCCUGCACUAAACGGGGCUGCCACCAACUCGGAUAAGCUGCAAGAAAACAAGUCAGACCUUCAGCUAAAACUUCACCACUUGCAGUUCGUAGAUAUACUACAAAAGCAAAGCAGAAGCCAAGCUCUUCACUAUCUCAGAACUCACAUACCUCCUUUUGCUCCCAAUCAUAUGGCAGAAAUCCAGAAGCUCAUGGCCUGUCUUCUGUGGGCUGGUAAGCUCGAUAACUGCCCAUAUCCUGAGUUACUGUCAUCAGGCAACUGGAACAUGGUGGCUGACGAGCUAACCAGGCAGUUCUGCAAUCUUCUGGGGCACUCUUCUGACAGCCCAUUGAGUGUAACAAUAGCAGCAGGGGUUCAAGGGUUGCCAUCUCUUCUGAAGUUUAUGACCGUCAUGUCGGGGGAAAAACAGGAAUGGCAGACAAUGAAGGAACUUCCUGUUCCGGUGGAGCUGGAUGGGGAGUUCCAGUUUCAUUCCAUCUUUGUAUGCCCCGUAUCUAAGGAAGAAUCGACGGAUGACAACCCACCAAUGUUGAUGCCUUGUAGCCAUGUGCUAUGCAAGCAGUCAAUCAAUAAGAUAUCAAAGAACGGCAGCAAAACUUUCAAGUGUCCUUUCUGUCCAUCCGAUAUUGAUGCGACACAAUGUAGGCGGAUGUUUUUCUGAUGUUAACGCUAAUAUGUGCAUUGGGUACUAGUAUCGAUGCUCUUUCUGUGAACUGAAUGUUGUGUAGAAACUAGUCUCAUCUCAUGUAGCCCAGGCCAUGGUGAUGAUCGCAAAAGAUCUUCUGUUGUGUUA